CAGCCCGGCUAGAGUUUCCAAAAAAGUUAGAAUAACUUCCUCUCCCGGAGACCUCGGUUUUGCACAAGCCGGCCUUGAAAUCAGAGCCUUUCUAGCAACUCGGAGAGCGUGAGCUCGGCGACCGCGGGCUUGGCCAGCGGCGCGCUCGGCGCCCGGCGCCCCCAGCCCCACGCGCGCCGGGCGGGCGCCAUGGAGGAGGGCUCCAGCUCGCCCGUGUCCCCCGUGGACAGCCUGGGCACCAGCGAGGAGGAGCUCGAGCGGCAGCCCAAGCGCUUCGGCCGGAAACGGCGCUACAGCAAGAAGUCGAGCGAAGAUGGCAGCCCGACCCCCGGCAAGCGCGGCAAGAAGGGCAGCCCGAGCGCGCAGUCCUUCGAGGAGCUGCAGAGCCAGCGCAUCCUGGCCAACGUGCGCGAGCGCCAGCGCACCCAGUCGCUCAACGAGGCCUUCGCCGCGCUGCGCAAGAUCAUCCCCACGCUGCCCUCGGACAAGCUCAGCAAGAUCCAGACGCUCAAGCUGGCCGCCAGGUACAUAGACUUCCUCUACCAGGUCCUGCAGAGCGACGAGAUGGACAAUAAGAUGACCAGCUGCAGCUACGUGGCCCACGAGCGCCUCAGCUACGCCUUCUCCGUGUGGCGCAUGGAGGGCGCGUGGUCCAUGUCCGCCUCCCACUAGCGCCGCGCCACCCACGUCCGGACCGGCGCGCCAGGAAAGAGGCCAAGGGGAAGCGAGGACACAGAAAGCAAAGCUGCUGCGUUUCUGGCUGCGGGAGCCCACUGUGUACCCUCCUGCGUGACUCUUCACAGUGUGAAGCCCUGAUUCAUGGAUUCUGGGGGUUUAAGUGUUCGUGACUAGGUGUGGUCUCCGUGCCUCUCCACACUGGAUUUUGUUCUUCACUGAAAGCACCGUUUCCAGAGUAAAUCGUAUGGAAUUCUUUCCCUUAGUGAAUUUCUCUGACACGGCAUUUUUCUAUGUGGGGAAAUUUUAAUUAGAUGGAAAGCAAAGGCCAUUGCUCUUUUGGGAGCAGGCUAGGUCCCCACGUGAAUCUGUUGGGAAAAACCCAUUGUCCUGUGUCUAGGGGGUCGAGAGUCCGCAUAGGAUCUUCCUGAAUUUGGACAUGCAGUGGACCUCACUUGCCUGCUCUCAGCCCUACAGUUCUGGGCUGAGGCGUGUCAUAGCCUCACUGGGACUCAGUUUUCCUGGCUGUAAAAUGAUGGAGUAAGUUUCUGAUAGUCCCGUGCUUAUCAAAAUUCCAAGAGCCAAUAGGACCCAGCCAUUCCCUCCUGGAUAUAUACACAAAAGAAUUGAAAGCAGGUGUUCAAAAAGUCUGAAUGAAACAAGAUUAAAAGUCAAAUGGCAAGUUGAGAAAAAUAUCUGUAAUAUAGUAUGUCAGCUAAAAGGUAACUAUCCUGUUUUGGGUAAAGAAUCCUUGAGAAUUAACAAAACAAACUCUCUAAAAGAAAAAUCAACAAGUGAGUUCAUCAGGUAAUUCACAAAAGAGGAAAUAGGAUUGGUAAUGAUUUAUGAACGUGAUUUUUUAGUGACACUAGGGGGAUUAUGGCAGAUGAAUGUUUUCGUCCUUAGACUUUUCUAGAUUUUCCAAAUUUUCUGCAAUUAAAAUGAGCUCCUUUAUAUUUACAAUAAAAAUUAAGUGCAAAAAAAGCAAGCAAGCAAGCAAGCAGGUGUUCAGACAGGGGUGUGCACUCACGUUCCUAGCAGUGCCAUGUACAACAGCCAAAGGUGAAAGCAGUGCAGGUGUCCAUCAGCUGAGGAAGGGUCCGUGUGGUGUGGUCUCUCCAUCCAAUGGAAUGUUACUCAGCCGGCGGGAAUGAUGUUCUGACUCAUGCUACGACAUGGGUGAAUCUUGAAAACAUUACCCUGAGUUAAAGAAGUCAGACACAAAAGACCAAAUAGUGUAUGAUUGCAUUUAUAUGAAAUGUCCAGAAUAGGCAAAAGUAGAUUCCUGGUUGCCAGGGAUCGGGUUGCGGGGCGGGGGGUUGGUGGUGAGGGAGAAUGGGACAGAAUUCAGAAUUGCUUAAUGGGUGUGGGAUUUCUGUUUGGGGUGAUGAAAAAGGUCUGGAACUAGAUAGUGAUGAUGUUUGCACAACAAUGUGAAAUUCUACUGAAUUGUAUACUUUAAAAUGAUUAAAAUGAUAAAUUGUGUAUUUUA